AAUGACUGAGCUCAUACCAGGAUUACAAGGAGACAUCCCUUCUAAUUCUCCAAAGGGUGUUCCCUUUGUUGCUGGAAAACAAAAGGUUGCAGCUUGUGCCAAGCAUUUUUUGGGCGAUGGUGGAACCACUGAAGGUAUCAAUGAGAACAAUACUGUAAUAAGCAGACAUGGAUUGCUCAGCAUCCAUAUGCCAGCCUACUACAACUCGAUCAUCCAGGGUGUGGCAACCGUCAUGAUCUCAUACUCAAGCUGGAAUGGAGUAAAAAUGCAUGCUAAUCGUGAUCUUAUUACUGGCUACCUCAAAAACACUAUGCGUUUCAGAGGUUUUGUCAUCUCAGACUGGGAGGGUAUUGACAGGAUCACUUCUCCACCACAUGCUAACUACACAUAUUCCAUUCUAACUGGUAUCACUGCUGGCAUUGACAUGAUCAUGGUACCAUCCAACUACACAGAAUUUAUUGAUGGUCUAACCUCUCUGGUGAAGAAUAACUUCAUUCCCAUGAGCCGAAUUGAUGAUGCAGUGAAAAGGAUUUUACGAGUAAAGUUCGUUAUGGGUCUAUUUGAAAACCCACUGGCUGAUUAUAGCAUGACCAAGUACCUAGGAGCUCAGGAGCAUAGAGAAUUGGCAAGGGAAGCAGUGAGAAAAUCUCUUGUGCUGCUGAAGAAUGAUGAAUCUGCAGACAACCCAUUGUUACCACUUCCCAAGAAAGCAUCAAAAAUACUGGUUGCAGGAAGUCAUGCAGACAAUAUUGGUAAUCAGUGUGGUGGGUGGACAAUUGAGUGGCAAGGACUCAGUGGCAACAUCACUGCUGGUACAACAAUCCUCACUGCCAUAAAAAACACUGUUGACCCAAAAACAGAAGUUGUGUACAUAGAAAAGCCUGAUGCUGCAUAUGUCAAGUCAGAGAAGUUCUCCUACGCCAUUGUUGUAGUGGGAGAGCCACCAUACGCAGAGACAUUCGGGGACAGCUUGAAUUUGACCAUUCCUGAACCUGGCCCUAGCACAAUUAAAAAUGUCUGUGGUGCUAUAAGAUGUGUUGUUGUCCUCAUCACUGGCCGUCCUGUCAUGAUUCAACCAUAUGUUGACACAAUUACUGCCCUUGUAGCUGCUUGGCUUCCAGGAACUGAAGGCCAAGGUGUUGCUGAUGUUUUGUUUGGUGACUAUGGUUUCACAGGCAAGCUUUCUCAUACGUGGUUCAAGACUGUUGAUCAGCUACCGAUGAAUGUGGGAGAUAAACACUAUGACCCUCUGUAUCCCUUUGGAUUUGGACUCACCACCAAACCUACCAAGGUCACAUAG